AUGAGCAGUCCAAGUGUCUUUGCGGCAAAGGAAGUCGCAGAGUUGAAUUCAGAUGAAGUCAAAUCCAUGAAACUGCCUCGGUCAAUUGGCCAUCGAGGCUACCCGGUCAAGUACCCAGAAAACUCGCUGGAGAGUCUACUCGCUGCUAUCGACGUUGGCGCUGACGGCAUAGAGACCGAUGUCCAUCUCUCAGCAGACGGCUACGUCGUGGUCUCCCACGAUCUCCACACCAAGCGCGUCUUCGGCUCCACCACCGAACCGAUCCGCAAUCGAAACUACAUCGGUGAUCUAGAGCACCUGCGGACGGUGCAAGAGCCGCACUCCAAAAUGGUGCUGCUGAAAGAAGUCUUGGAUCAGUUUGUGACGAAUCCGAAAUUCGAAGGGAAAUGGCUGUGUAUCGAUGUCAAGGCUGAUAAUGACGUCGCGGUGAUCGAGGGGAUCGCAAAGGUCAUGAUGGAGGUUAUGGCUGAUCCGCUGUUUUGGAAGGAGCGCGUUGUGCUCGGCAUAUGGCUGGUCAAAUUCCUCCCACUAUGUCAUAAACAUGUUCCCGAAAUCCCCUUGAUCCACAUCGGAGUCGACCUCUCCUACGCCGCCAACUUCAUCCACGAGCCCUCAGUGAUAGGCAUCAGCAUGGUAAUGGUUUCGAUCUACACGCAAAGAGGCUACGACCUCAUAACCCAGCUCCACGACCUCGGAAAGUUCAUCUACGUCUGGACCGUCAACCCCCCAGAACUCAUGACCCUAUGUAUCGCGCUCGGCGUCGACGCGGUGUUGACUGACGAGCCGGUCAAGUUCGAGCAGUGCCGGGUAGACGCACUCGCGAAAGCGGGCGAGAGUAGGGAUGCGCUGGGGGAAGCUGAGCGGGCGAUCAGUUUUGGUACAAAGACGAGGCUGUAUGGGCUCUCGACGGGGAUUAAGGUGCUUGCUCCUUUGUUACGUAGAAGGUUUGAGUGA